GUGGGCCAGAUUAAACUUUCCGAAAAACAUUAGAAGUGGAAGGAACUGCUUCUAUUGAAGUGUCCAGUAAUCUCUAGCUAGAUAAACCCCUAGACCGUGCGUCCCCCGUUUUAGCCCAUGAGAUGGUAUGGCUGGAGUCAGGGCUCUAUUUUAGGCAGUGGGCGGUAUGGGAGUGGAACAAGCAGGUGCAGUGGUUUAGAGAGUGUGACUUGGAGUCAGUCGGCAGUAGUGUACUAUAAACGUGUCCACUAAUCUCUCCCUUACACACAAGAGUCAGGACAGCAUGGAAAGCGUGGACGUGUUUGACGUGCCUGGGAAAGGCCGGGGUCUUAGAACCACCAAGGAGGUGUGGGCCGGAGACGUCCUCUUCGCCGAGCCAAGCUUCGCUGCCGUCGUCUUUGACAGCAUGGCUGAACAUGUAUGUCACAGCUGCUUCCGGCGGCAGUCCAAGCUGCACCGGUGCGGCCAGUGCAAAUUCGCACAGUACUGCAACCGCACGUGCCAGCGCCAGGCCUGGGAGGAGCACAAGCUGGAGUGUGCCGCCAUCAAGGCCUACGGCAAGGUGCCCAACGAAAACAUCCGGCUUGCGGCUCGUAUCCUGUGGCGUGUUGACAAGGAGGGAGGGAUUGUGUCAGACACCCAGCUCAUCUCCAUCGAUGAUCUGGAGAAUCACGUGUCUGACCUGCUCCCCGAAGACCUGAAGGACCUCAAGGUGGAUGUUCUUACCUUCCUGGACUACUGGCCUCGCUACAGCAAACCUCACAAAGUGGAGGACGUCUCACAUGUCCUCGGGUUGAUUAACUGUAAUGGCUUUUCAAUGAGUGACCACCGGGGGCUCAACGCAGUAGGGGUGGGGCUCUUCCCAAACCUGUGCCUGAUCAACCACGACUGUUGGCCCAACUGCACCGUCAUCCUCAACAAUGGGAAUCAGACAGCUGUGAACACUCUAUUUCAUACUCAAAGGAGGAUUGAGUUGCGGGCCCUGGGGAAGAUCAACACGGGGGAGGAGCUGACGGUGGCCUACGUGGACUUCCUCAACGUUUCCAGCGAGCGGCAAUUACAGCUUAAGCAGCAGUACUUCUUUGACUGCAGCUGCAAACACUGCACCGAGCACAUCAAGGAUGAUCUCAUGAUGGCCGUAAAGGAGGCGGAUGACAAUAAGCCAUCUGAGGAGGAGGUGAAGGAGGUGACAGAGUAUAGUCUGAAGAUGCUGGAGAAGAUAGAAAAAGCUCGUGUUGAAGGGGACUAUCAUGAGGUGGUAAAGACCUGCCGGGAGUGCCUGGAGAAGCAGGAGAAGGUGCUGGCCGACACCCACCUGUACAUGCUGCGCGUGCUGAGCACGGCCAGCGAGGUGCUGUCCUACCUGCAGUUCAUUGACGAGGCCGCCACGUACUCCCGCCGGAUGGUGGAGGGUUAUAUGAAGCUGUAUCACCCCAACAAUGCAGCGCUGGGCAUGGCUACCAUGAGAGCAGGGGUGACGCACUGGCAGGCUGGUCUCAUCGAGGUUGGACAUAGUAUGAUCUGCAAAGCUUACGGCAUUAUAAUGAUCACCCACGGGCCAACCCACCCCAUCACCCAGGACCUGGAGGCCAUGCGCAGGCAGACAGAGAUGGAGAUGCGCAUGUUCCAGCAGAACGAGUACGUCUACCACAGCAUGCGAGAGGCGGCCCUCAAGAACCAGCCAAUGACCAUGAGGCCGGAGCCCGUGGAGGAAGGCAUCAAGAACCUCUUCCGGAGGAAAUGACCUCGCUGCCGUCACUUACUUCCCUUUAUGCAGUGUACCUUAUCAUCCAUCAAACAUUUUUUAAACAGUAAAAGAAACUUUGAGGAAUCGCAGAAACAAUUUGGCAGACCUGCCACAAUCAGCAGCAGCAUCCAUUGCUUCUAUUCCAAAGAAACCUCAUGGUUUUAAGGAACCAUAAAGUUCACCAAUUGAAUGUUGCUACCGUUGAGUCUUACAAAGGCGCUCCCACCCUCUGCCAAUAGCAAACCAGACCAUCCCCAGCACGGAAAGUUGGGCUACAUUCCGGUGUGAUUCUGAAGUACAGUAUGUCACUGCUUAACCCACAGCAACUUAAUUUAUUAGUAAUUCACUAGCUGGGGCUUUGGUUUGACCCUUCCUUGUCAACCUGAAACCACCUGAGCUGAGGCAGUACACAUGCACAAGACAGCCAAAGCGUUGCAGCUGUACGCGGUAUGUGUUAGUGCACUAAUUAUUAAUGGGUGAUGCUGUCAAAGUUGUACCAGACAUGAAUUAAAAGUUAGUCAUCUGAAGGCUCUGUUGAAUGAUAAAUAAAAUAAUAAUUGAUACUUCAUUGA